GGUAAUAGGAAGUCUUAUUCCACAGACAGGAUGAAAGCGAUAUUUGUUGCUACAUUUGUUCUGAUGAGCUGCAUGUUUGCAAGUGGAUGUCGCCAAGACAGUGAUUGUAGCUCCCAGUGUCACGGAGGCCAACAUCCACACUGUUCUCACUACAGCUACCAUCAAAGUUCAUGCCAUUGUUACGAAUGCACUGAAGACAGCCAUUGCCAAUGCCAAGCAGGAGAAACAGGCAAGUGUUUGAAGGACACCCACCACCAUCGAUAUUGCCAAUGUCAGGCUCCCAGGUGUUUAGUAAACAGUGAUUGUCAAUGUCAUGAAAACGGAAAACAUCCCUACUGCUCAGGACACUAUCAUGUUUGUCAUUGCUACGACUGCACCAGAGACAUCCACUGCCAAUGCAAAGCAGGAGAAACAGGAGAGUGUGUGAGGGACCGUAGUGACCAUCAUCUAUACUGCCAUUGUCAGGCUACCACUUCAACCACGACCAUUACCACUCAACCACUGGUGCAAUUAAAAUGUAGCAAUCACAAAAUCAGUGUCAUCGAAUCCAUCGCAGAAAAUGUUCAUGUGGAGGACAGCAGAGCGUCGCUGUGUCCCAUUAAUAAGAAACACCAAUCGUCUGAGGCCUACGUCAUCCACAAAUGUAACUCUACAGAGAGGAGCUCCUGGAUGCGGGGUUUGUCGGUACACUCUUCAUGUAAAUCAAUUUUACCAUACACACCUAUUUCCACGUUCUUUGACAAAAGCACAAAUAUGGCGGGAUUUUUCAUCGACUGUACAGAAACGGGGACAGAAUUCAAAAUAAAGAUUGCGGCCCAGACGUGUACUGAUGCUCCAAUGAUCUUGAUAUUAGAUGAGACGACUACUCCUCGUGUAUCAGAUUUCUAUACAAUAAACCAACAUCUGUAGCAA